UUUUUUUCCCCAUGAAUGAAAAUCGCCUUUCGUGUGAACUCUCGCGAUACUUGCCGCCGCGCGAACUCGCAGGAAGAAGCUGAGCAGGAGGGAUCAUGGCGGAGCGCAGGAGGCACAAGAAACGGAUCCAGGAGGUGUGCGAGCUAACUAAGGAGGAGAAAGUGGUGGCCAAGCAUCUGCGCUUCAACUGUCCCACCAAGUCCACCACCAUGGUGGGCCACCAAAAGGUCGACUACUUCAUCGCCUCCAAGGCGGUGGAUUGUCUGCUGGACUCCAAGUGGGCCAAAGCCAAGAAAGGAGAGGAGGCGCUCUUCACCAGCAGAGACUCCGUGCUGGACUACUGCAACAGACUUCUGAAGAAGCAGUUCUUCCAGCGUGCUCUCAAAGUGAUGAAGAAGAAGUCAGAGAAGGACAAGAAGUCCAAGGGCGACAGCGGCAAAGAGGAGGAGAAGAAGGCAAAGGAGAAGAACAAGAAGAAGGAGGCGGACACGGGCAGCGAGAGCAAGAAGGAUACUAAAAGCGACGACAGCCCAGGAAGUCCCAAAAAGAAGAAAGAGGUGAAGAAGAAGUUCAAGCUGGAGCUGCACGAGGAUCAAAUGUUCCUGGAUGGAAACGAGGUCUACGUGUGGAUUUACGACCCCGUGCCCUUUAAGUCCUUCGCCAUGGGGCUGAUCCUGGUCAUUGCCGUCAUCGCCGCCACGCUGUUCCCACUGUGGCCAGCAGAAAUGCGCGUGGGCGUGUACUACUUGAGCGUCGCCGCUGGAUGCUUCGUGGCCAGCAUUUUUCUCCUGGCUGUCGCUCGCUGCAUUCUCUUCCUGCUCAUCUGGCUGGUGACGGGCGGCCGCCAUCACUUCUGGUUCCUUCCCAACCUGACGGCUGACGUGGGCUUCAUCGACUCCUUCCGCCCGCUCUACACCCACGAGUACAAAGGCCCGCGGGGCGGCGCCAAGAAGGGGAACAAAGACGAGGGCCAAAAAUCCGACAGCGACGACAAGUCCGACAGCGAGAAGAAGGACGAAGAGGAGGAGGAGGAGGACGAGGGCAAAGAGGCGGGGCUAGAGGAGCGUAAAAGCGACUGCCACACGGACACGGACAGCGACCGCAGGGAAGACGAAGGCUCGCAGCACAGCAACGGCAACGACUUUGAGAUGAUCACCAGGGAUGAGUUGGACCAGCACACGGAAGAGGACGAGGAAAAGGAAGAAAGAGGAGACAGUGACACGGACAUUCAGACAUAAACUCCCUGUCUACUUUCCUCUUCCUCCCUCCCACUAAAUGUCCACCUCACAGCUCCAGGACUCUACUAAACAAGGUUUGAUCUCUUCCUUGACAAUAUUUGCUUUGAUUCCUUCGGAGUCUCUUGGUUUCAUGGCGAGACAAUCCCAGGGACCAAACUAACGCUGUGCUUUU